AAGGAUUGUGGACUCGAAAAAAAGCACCUAGCAACGGCCGUAACGAAGGCCACCACGAAUCGUCGAAAAUCAGAAAUCUCAAUAUAAUCGGAAGUUCGGCGCACCUGAGUGUCAGAAGAUCACUCAGCGGAUAUGAGAUAUGAGAAAGAUUCUCAGACAGGAUUUGUUUAUUAGUAUGGAUUAGUUUCACAUAAAUAGUUGUGUAUACAUCUCCAUUUCUCCAUAUUCGCAAAUGCAUUAAUUUCAGUUUAUAAAAAUUAGUUUCAGUCCUUGAUUUUGAGCUUUUCUGGGCAAUUUGGAACUGGAGCCUCGACAGCGAUGAAUAGUUUACCUUUUAUCUUAUACUUCUUUCUGAUUGGGUCUUAUAUUCUAUAAUUAGAUUGAAUCGGGCAGCAGCAAAUAGCAAUUUACGUAUUCAUUCAGAGAAAAUUGGGAGUACCGAAAUUACACCAACCGUGUACCUCCUAGGUGUAAACAACUGCAGUUUACGUACUUCGGAGAGUUACAGCAGCAGCCCAUACUCGUGACCUUGUGCCGUUUGACGUGACACCUGACACUAAGUUGUGUGUAUAGCCUGAUUUGGCUAUUUAUCCCAAAAGUCUCUACUCCUUGAGUUCCUGGCGGACAAAGGGUGGAGUGGGGCCGAGAACUCCAAUUCCAAAUAUAGAUUCGACCUAAAACAGUUCACUUUGUACCGGUGAAUUAAUUAAGACAACAGAACCCAAAAUGGUGUUCAGUCCUUGUUGGUGCCUGGGCUUUGACAAUCAGUGGACGCACAAGAACCAAAAGGUUGAAAAGGAAAUAGUUAUAUUACUAGUUGUCACUUUUGCGUUGGCCUUACUUCUAUCCAAUCUCAACAUCAUGGCGACUUCAGCAAAGUGGGAUUCGCGAUACUCGCAUCCCGUACCCCACACAAACACAUACUAUGCUAAGUGCAUGCUGGGUGGUAUUCUGUCAUGUGGUGUUACCCACACUGCGAUCACACCUCUUGAUGUAGUCAAGUGCAACAUGCAGGUCGACCCCAAGAAAUACACAGGUCUGUUGCAAGGCCUCAAGACCAUCGCAAAGGAGGAAGGUACCUCAGCCUUGUUCAAAGGUUGGGCUCCUACCGCUCUAGGUUACUCAGCGCAGGGUCUAUGUAAAUUCGGUUUCUACGAGUACUUCAAGGAUCUCUACAGCACCAUGGCUGGUGAGGAGAAUGCGUUCAAAUACCGUGGAUUCAUCUACCUGGCCGGAUCUGCCAGUGCUGAGUUCUUCGCUGACAUGGCUUUAUGUCCUAUGGAGAUGGUCAAGGUUAAGGUGCAAACAUCUGUUCCCGGCACCUUCCCCACUUCUUUGGGACCUGCCAUGGCUGCCCUGAAGUCCGAUGCUGGUUCACGUUUCCCCUUCGGUUCGCUCGUACCUCUAUGGUCUCGUCAAAUCCCUUACACCAUGGCCAAGUUCUUCUUCUUCGAGAAGGUUGUCGAGGCGUUCUACACCUAUGUCUUCGUGGAGCCCAAGGAUACCUAUUCCAAGUCCACUCAGCUCGGUAUUACUUUCGCAUCUGGUUACUCAGCUGGUAUCAUCUGCGCCAUUGUUUCUCACCCCGCUGACUCGCUUGUGUCCCUAAUGGGUAAGCCCAGCAACAAGGGCAAGUCUGUUGGACAAAUCGCUGGUGAGGUUGGAUUCAAAGCUCUAUUGACCAACGGUAUCGGAACUCGUAUCCUCAUGAUCGGUACCCUAACUGGUCUUCAGUGGUGGAUCUACGACUCCUUCAAGGUUGCUAUGGGUAUGGGAUCAACUGGAGGUGCCCCCCCUGCUGCUGCCGCCGUCAAGGCAUAAAUGCACUACGUGUGCACAUAAUCUGAGAUUGAAAUGCGAUCAACUGGAGGUCUUGCUUGAUUGUUGUACAUCUUGUCACGUGAUGGACGAUCGUUCGAAGCUGGGACAGUGUGCUGUCGAGAUAGCCAGUAUCUACCCGAUAGUGUAUCGGGGCCAAUUAUUAUUAGUUAAAAAGUGCAUAAAACAAUGCUUUCGAAUGGUAA